CUCCGCCUCCCGGCGAGCCGCCCGCGCACGCGCCGUAGGCCGAAGUGGGCGGGGCGGCCCGAGGAGCGCGCGCCAUGCAGGCCAGCGGGUACCCGGCCGCCGCCGCCCUCGGCCAGGCCAGCGCCCCAGUCCAAGUGUCUGUUAUCCUCCCGGUCCAUGACGCUGAACUGUGGCUGGACGAGUGCUUGGGGUCUGUUUUGCAGCAGGACUUCGAAGGCUCCAUGGAGCUUUCCAUUUUUAAUGAUGCCAGUAAGGACAAGUCCAUGACUAUCAUUGAAAAAUGGAAAGAGAAGCUGGAAGGUUCCGGCAUCCUCGUGGUCAUUGGAGGGCACGAUUCUCCUUCUCCCCGAGGAGUCGGAUAUUCUAAAAAUCAAGCAAUAGCACAGAGCUCAGGGUCUUACCUUUGCUUUUUGGAUUCGGACGACGUGAUGAUGCCUCAGAGGGUGAGGCUGCAACACGCAGCUGCUGUGCGACACCCAACAAGUAUUAUCGGUUGCCAGGUGAGGAGGGAGCCCCCCAACUCCACCGAGCGAUACACGCGGUGGAUCAACCAGCUGGCGCCCGACCAGCUGCUCACCCAGGUGUUCACCUCCAAUGGCCCCACCGUGAUCAUGCCCACCUGGUUCUGCUCCCGAGCCUGGUUCUCCCACGUGGGCCCAUUUGACGAGGGCGGGCGGGGUGUCCCCGAGGACUUGCUGUUCUUCCAUGAACACCUGAGGAAGGGCGGCGGGCUUGUCCGCGUGGACCAGAGCCUCCUCCUCUACCGCUACCACCCCGGCGCGGCCACACACUCCGUCCUCGAGACCACCAUCUGGACCCACCGCGUCCGCUUCCUGGAAGAGUGGGCCCUGCCCCACUGGGCAACCUUCACCAUCUGGAACGCGGGCCGGCAGGGCCGCCGACUCUACCGCAGCCUGACGGCAGGGUCACGGUGCAAGGUGGUCGCUUUCUGUGACGUGGACGAGAACAAGAUCAAGAAGGGCUUCUACUGCUACGAGAACUCUCAGGAAAGGCCCAAGCCCCGGGUCCCGGUCCUGCACUUCCGAGCCGCACAGCCACCCUUUGUCAUCUGCGUGAAGCUGGACCUCACAGGGGGCGCAUUUGAAGACAAUCUGAGGUCGCUGAACCUGCAGGAGGGCCGGGAUUUCCUUCACUUCAGCUGACGGACCCAUGGCAGCUUCUCCCAGAAUGACAGCUGUACUAGCUUCAGUCCAGCCGAGGCGAAUUGUUUUCUCUCAGCUCGAUGAGGAUCUCAUUCCAGUGUUAAGUCCACUGUUGCCGUUCAAGAGGGGCAGCUGCCCGGAGCACCCAGUCUCCCAGCAGUUCCGCUGCAACAUGUCCAGACGUGAGCUUGUCCUGUUUGGGAUCUUGCUUCUAUCACCAAGUAUGUGGCACCGUCUCCCGAGACCCCAGGUGCACACAGGGCAGGUUCUCUGGUGUCUCUUGACUUUGUUUUCAUAUUUUCCAGUUGUUUUUCUGGAUAAAAUUCCUUCAGAUCUUCCAGUUCCCCAGUUCUCUCUUCAGCCAUGUCUAGGUGGUUGUUUAAUUCAUACACUGAGCCUUUUUUCCCCUAAUUUCCUCUUGAUAAUUUCUAACCCUUUUCAAAACUGAAUUCAUUUUAUAUUUUGUGUCUUCUGGGGUCUGAUUUUAUUCAGGUCUUGCUAAUGGUGCCUUGUUUCUUUGUGCAUUUUGUGCAGUUUGGGGAUGUGAGCUUAUGUUCUUCUCUCUGUGGGGCUCAGCCUGCAUCCUUCCAGAGAGGGUUUUGUUUGCCUCCUCUGCCCAGUGUCUGUCAGCACCGCUGGUCGGGGGCCAGUGUGAUCGCAUUUCCCUCCACCAGCACCAGGCAGAGACCGAGACAGGUGUGCUCCUGUGGGGACCUACUUCUCACUCUCCUUGCUGCUGAGGGUACAGCUAUUUAGGGCCCCAGCUGUGUGUGGGGUCUUCCAACUAAUUUGGCCCUGGGCCUUACGCUGUCACAUCCACCCUUCCCAACCAGCCUCCAGGGCUCAGCAGACAUGGAUCCUGGGGACGCCAGGGGCCUGCUCACUGGGACGGUUCACUCUGUGUCUGGGACAUGGCCGUAUGCUCACGGCCGCACCGCUCCCCUCACAUAUCCUGUUCCAGGCACGAGGCUUCUUGCUGCUCUUCAGACCCACCCACCUCACUCCCACUGGGGCCACAGGUGCCCUCCUCUGCCCCUUUCGGGGGGGACUCCUGACCACUCCCUCUACCAGGUGGCAGCCCAGCCCGACUUGCUUCAGACCACUGCUUUCCACGAUGUCCACCUCUGCUGUUGUCUGCUUCUGGCCACGUCGUCAGUCCUGAGGGGGUCUCCCCACAAAUCCGUCACCUGGACCCAGGUGGGCUCCAAAUGAAGGAGGAGGUUCCCAGCCACCAGGCGCCUGAUGAGAGCAGGUGGUGACCAGUAGGAUCUGACACGGCUGAAGGUGCGCAGGGGCGGCUGGACACUGCCGGCUUUGUUGGUUUUCCUCGGGUUGCAAAGUUAGACCAGCAGUGAAAGAAGAAUUGCUUCAUGAUACAGUAUCAUCAAUCAACGUGGUAAACUGGCCUGUCUCCAUGUCUCAGAGACCCUGUCUCUGGAAUCUUGGUGGUUUUUUAAAUUAUGCUAAAAACAGUUCAUUUUAUUCCUUCUCAAAAGCUCCUUGCUUGGUUUUCUCAGCCAAGGUCUAGGUGCUGCUCUGUGGACCCCGUCUGCUGCAAGGAUACAAGUGGGGCCUCCUGUGGCCGCCCUGCAGGAGAGCCUUCCAACCAGCGUGGCCUCACGUGGCCUGAGGCCGCCUGGCCAUCCAGGACCCCUCACCACAUGACAACGUCCACCAGCUACAGGGCCUCUGGCUAUUCUUCCAUUGAAAAUGGAAAACUCUCUACUUAUUUUCAAGAGGAGACAUGUUUUAAGGCUUAAAUGAAAUUAAAGUUAAAACCUCACGCAAGACUAACAUGGGCUUCCACUCUCAGGGAAGGUCAGCGAUGCUGGCAUGUCCAGUGGCUCAACUGGAGCAGGAGAAACUCAUUUGGCAAAGGCAGCAGCAAAACAUGUCUCAGGAUUGCACCAACAACAACACCCACCAUGGCCUCCAGCCGUGGACCCGUGGGCGCACACGUCCCAGGAAGGGCAGUCUGCCCCGUGGCCCAGGUGCAGGAGCACUGUCCUGGGCCCAUGGCCGGACGACUUCACCUCAGAUGUUCUACCCGCCCGUCCACAUCUGUCCUGCAGCCAGACCUCAGCCCGUGAAGCAGCAGGUGGAAGGGUGGGGAUGGCCCAGGAACCUGCCACACAAAGGCUCCCGCAGUAGGCGGCCUGACCCCUCAGCACUGAGACUGGCCACGCAGGUGCUCAAGUGGGGAACCUUUACACACAUCGGCCUCACUGGCCCCUGGACAGGCCAGCAUGAGUGCCAGCCCAUGUGGACAAAAGCAGCCUGUCUGUCUUUGCUUCAGAAACCCUGAGUGUGUACCCCAUUCUGGACAAAUGAAAAAAAGGUUCAGACAAUGUGGUUCUUCUCCCGUCACCAGAAAACCGCUUCCUGGAGGCCACACGUUGGCAGAUCUGUGAAGCCACUGACCGUGCCCUGCUUCCGUCGAGGGUUUAAGCUGCCGUCACAAGUCCCCUGUGUGGCUGGAACUGGUCCUGGUGGGAUUCUGAGAACACGGGUCAGCUCUUUCUGACUGAAUGAAACCGCACGAGGGCGGGUGACGUGCGUGCGACGGCCACGCGCGCUGGGCACUAGAAUGGGGUGAGGAGGGAAGACGGCCCCCACCCGCGCUGCAAAAGCAACCCAGAGGCGGCGCUC